AUGGGUAUUCUCGACGAGAUUCAAUACCUCGUCUCCGAUAAACUCCAAGUGGUUUCGUACAAAUGGCUGAGUCGAAAUUUCUUGGUGUCCUCAGAUGACGCAAAGAGAUUGCUUCGGGAUUUUGUUGAGAAACAUGAGACUGGAGUAGAGGUAUUAUAUACUCUGGCUGGGUGGAAGAAGAAUGACCCUUCACUGUAUCGUGUAAGGCUUGCGUCCAAGCAUGCACUUGCAGAGGCAAAACAAGAAUUUGAUGGGAACUGCUCAGUUGAAAUUUAUAGUGUGCAAGCAUGUUUACCAAAAGAUCCGGCUGUCCUCGGUAAUGCUGAGUGUGUCCAGGCAGGAGAGCUUUUUAAACAGCUUCAAAGUGUUGACAAUUGUUUACGUGAUAACAGAUUUUGUAGGGUGUCUAAUUCCUUUGUAAAGAGAAAUGGCGGAGGAACACAGGAAACCAGCACGUUGCCACAAGUGAAAAGUGAAGGAGCAUUUGGGCCGCAAAUCAAAACCUUGCUCCACCAAAAUCCAACUCCUGCACAGCCUAAAAAAGGGCAGGUUGCAGAUGUGGUGAAAGAUGUCAAAGACAGUAGUUAUAUCAGCGGGGCUCAUGAGCAGAAUAGUAAGCCUGCUCUGCAGGAAGUAAAACUUUCUGGAUUCCCUGGCAAUGUAAAGAAAGUGGCUGAUAAUAAGUCUUCCGGAAAUGGUGCAUUGGCUAAUAUGUGGGGCCGCGCUUCUUCAAAGACAAAAAUUGAAUGUGUCUCAGCAGAAACCAGUGCAACAAAUAAUUCUUCUGAUGCUCAAGUAUGUGCUCGUGAAAAUAUAGAACACCAAAGCAGUGAUGAUGAGUUUCAAGGUGUUAACAUUAAGCGUGCAUCCAAUGGCAAAACUGGCAGAAAGAGGAAGGUUAUCUUUGAUGUCUCAGACGAAGAAGACGAAUACAAAGAUGCUGUAAAUCUAGCAUCCCCAGAUCCUCCAGCAAAGCCAGCUUCUAAACAAAUGUUCCAAUCUUCAGACCUUGAGAAGAAUAAGUUAAAUUUUGAGGAAGAGAAGGAAAAACCCGAUGUUAAGGAUAAUAACGAAGUUGACGGAGUUAGUAAUCGAAUUCUGAAAGAAAAAUCUGUUGCUCUCAGCAAAGAUGAUACCACAAAGGCCCUCUCCUUAGAUAAUGGAAGAAACAGUGCAUCUGCUGGCACAACUUCUGAGCAUAAAAUGACUGAUACUGCUACAAGGUCACCUCAGAGGAGGAAAGUGGUGAAAACACGGAUAGAUGAACGCGGAAGAGAAGUGACUGAGGUAGUUUGGGAGGGAGAUGAAGCAGAGACAAAAACUAAUAGUAGUGCAGCAAAGAAGGUUGAUAACACUACAGCCAGCAAUACUUCUAGCAGACCAUCUGUGAAUAAGAAGUCGCCUGCAGUGGGUAGUAAUGCUACUAACCAAGUAGGGAAAGCCGGAAACAAGAAAGCGGGGAACAAAGAUCCUAAACAGGGGAGCCUCAUGUCUUUCUUCAAGAAAGUUUAA